CGCGUUCCUCUUAUGACCCUAUGUCCACCCACCGCUUGCAACCUUAAACCUUUUUUAUUCUUUUCCUCCGCUUCUUCUUCUACUUGGCGUAGUAGUUGAAGAUUCUACGGCGGUCCCGUGAGUCAAGGUCAAACUUCAACCUUCCUUUUCAUUCUCUUCCGUCGCUGCUGGAUCAGAUCACUCUUUUUUAUUUUUUCCGAUUGGGGGUCGACAACUUCCUCUUUCGUUACUUUUUUCUUGUUUGUCCGUCUGUCUUUGUUGGUUCCCAUUGGGGGUUAUUUGCCUGGAAUAUAUUAUACACAUUGUAAUUUGGGAGGCCGCUGGAAGAUUAAACCGGGAAUAUCUGGAUAAGAGUCAAAUCACCAGAACUCCUGCAACCACGAAGGUUCGGCGCCGACAUACGCUCUUUAACGAACAACGAUCGAUCGAGACGAUCCCGGUCGACCGCAUCAUCAGUCGGCACCUGUCGCAGGUCGACAUCCCAAAUACACCUAAUAUCCGAAUCUAGCCUCGAAAGGCAACCACCGCCAACAUGUCGGUCGGAGAGUUCUUGGCUAAGCAGCUCACGGCGCAGAAGCUUUUCUUCAACAUUAGCUUUUGGGGUUUCCACAUAGGAAUCUUUGCCUAUGGUUGGUAUAAGCAGUUUUCAGACCCCCGCCUGGCUGGUCUGAACACUCUUACGUUCUCCGUGUGGAUUUCUCGAGGUGCCGGUCUGGUGCUUUCAGUCGAUGGAAUGUUGAUUCUGCUGCCCGUCUGCCGAACGAUCAUGAGGUGGAUCAGGCCCAAGAUCCGCUUCAUCCCCUUGGACGAGAACAUUUGGUUCCAUCGGCAAAUCGCAUAUGCCAUGCUGAUCUUUAGCAUCACCCACACCGCCGCGCACUAUGUCAACUUCUUCAAUGUCGAGAGAUUGCAAAUUCGUGCCCAAACCGCAGUUCAGAUUCACUACGCGCAGCCUGGUGGUGCCACCGGCCACAUGAUGCUGUUGUGUAUGCUUCUCAUGUAUACCACAGCUCACCACAGAAUUCGUCAGCAAUCCUUCGAGACUUUCUGGUACACUCACCACCUGUUUAUCCCGUUCUUCCUCGGUCUCUACACCCACACUGUGGGAUGCUUCGUGCGUGACACUGUCGAGCCUCACUCGCCUUUCGCUGGAGACGAGUACUGGAACCACUGUAUCGGAUACCUGGGUUGGCGCUGGGAGCUGUGGACUGGUGGCUUUUACCUGCUUGAGCGCCUUUACCGCGAGAUCCGUGCCCGUCGUGAGACCAAGAUUACCCGCGUCGUCCGCCAUCCUUAUGACGUCGUCGAAAUCCAGUUCAACAAGCCUUCUUUCAAGUACAAGGCCGGCCAAUGGCUCUUCCUGCAGGUGCCCAGCGUCUCAAAGUACCAAUGGCACCCUUUUACCAUUACUUCUUGCCCGUACGACCCCUAUGUUUCGGUCCACGUUCGUCAAGUCGGUGACUUUACCAAGGCUCUCGGUGACGCCACAGGUGCCGGAGCCGCCCAGGCCAAGCUCUAUGAGGGAGUCGACCCUAUGGGUAUGUACGAGGUCGCGCUCCAGAACGGCCAACAGAUGCCCAUGCUCCGCAUUGAUGGUCCCUAUGGUGCCCCUGCCGAGGACGUGUUUGAGAACGAGAUUGCAGUCCUCAUUGGAACUGGUAUUGGUGUCACUCCUUGGGCCUCGAUUCUCAAGAACAUUUGGCAUCUGCGCAACGGCCCGAACCCGCCUACCCGUCUCCGACGUGUUGAGUUCCUCUGGGUUUGCAAGGACACCAGCUCGUUCGAGUGGUUCCAGACUCUUCUGUCCUCGCUCGAGCAGCAGUCAACAGACGCUGCAGGUCUCCCCGGCGGCAACGGUGUCGAGUUCCUCAAGAUUCACUCUUACCUUACUCAGAAGCUCGACAUGGACACCACCCAGAACAUCGUGCUCAACUCGGUUGGCGCUGCCCUCGACCCUCUGACUGAGCUCAAGUCCCGCACCAACUUUGGUCGCCCCAAUUUCGCCAAGCUGUUCGCCUCGAUGCGUGAUGGUAUCAUGGAUAGGACAUAUCUGAGUGGUCUCGAGGGAAGCAUGAAGACCACAGUGGGAGUCUACUUCUGCGGUCCUUCAGCAGCUGCUCGCGAUAUCAAGGCUGCUUGCAAGACUGCAUCCGUCAACGAAGUCGAGUUCCGCUUCUGGAAGGAGCAUUUCUAGACGUCUCAUACCAACAUCUUGCAUCUUUACUUUUUUCUGCCUUUGGCCCUAUUCGGCCACUUAUUCUAUACCACAAGGGAAAAGACUGCCGAAAUCUAUUACGACGCAGAGGCUUCUAAAACGUUGGGAGAGCGUCAUGUACGAGGGGGAUGAGCUACAGAGCCGGCAGCGUGGUAUCCAGAGCGGCAUUGUCAAUUCCUGUUUUCAAGCAUCAAACAUACUUCAUACUAACGCUGUACAUUUUUUUUAUUAUUGUGCUUUUGCAUCCCCUCGUGCACUCAUAGCAGUCAAUAUUUUGUGACCUGGCGACGCGAGAAAAAUAUUUCGGAUGGUUUUAAACUGAGUGCAGCUGAGGCGCGUUUCGAACAAAUGGGAAGCGGAUGGUGGGGAUGGGUUCGAACAAUAUGACGGAAGACAAGACAAGCCUUUUUUUUUGUGUGUUUAGGGGAAGCCAAGGUGGCGAAGUCUCUUUGAUCUUAACAUUCAGAUAUCCGGCGGACUCUUUUUUUUUACUUACAAUGUUAUAAAUAUCCAGGAAAUUUCAACAUCAUCAAAGCCAAAAGGAGAAAAAAAAAAUUCCGAACUAUCUGAACUAUCUUGGUUGGUGUGUUCGUCCCUUUGAUGGAUGUCGUGGCCUUUCG